AAAAGAAAACCCUUAUUCAAAUUUUGAGCCUAUCUGCGUAGAUAUUUCACCAUCAGAGCCGAAAGAACAUUAUUUGGACGUGUCUAAGAUUCCAAAUCCUUUCGUGGGUGGAAACCGCUCAGCAUUUAUGAAGGAGCCUCAUCCAAUUUACUAUGAGCUCGAUACCACUAAAAAUAAUCCCGAUUCAGAAAAGCAAGCGAUUGGGAACAUUGGUGGAGCUCCAGGUACAGCAAUCCUAAAGAACGUUUACUCUAAACUUGGGGAUCAAAGUAGACAUUUUAACAACCCGUACAAUUAUCUGUCUGGUACAGGUGAUUCUGUCACAGCGUCAAAUCUUGAUGUGUCUGCUGUCAUUGAAC